AUGUUCGAAAGAAUCGGUGAAUCUAUCCAGGUCAUGGAAAGCGUACGCAUGCGAAUCUCAGGUGCUGUUGUCGUCAACCCGUGUGGUGAAUGCGCACAAGGCCGUGGAGCCUUUGGUCAAUGCGUGGUGAUCGUCGGUUAUAACGGAGUUAGCCAGUGCGCAAGCUGCCACCUUGGUGGCCAGCGAUGCAAUUUCGAGAUUCUCGCACCCGCUCUACCGUAUGCGCCCACUUUUCGGGAAUAUUCCCAGGUCCCUUAUGAGGAUGAGGUAUCCCGUUUCGAAGAGGAUUUGUUUGGCCAGGGUUUUCAAUUCACGUUGCGAUCAGACAUGGAACAACGGGCAACGCAGGUCCAAAGCCUGCUUGAAGUCUUCCGCCCUGUUUCGGAUUAUAGCUUUGACACCCGCGAUCAAGAGGAAAGAUUCAAGGUGCGGCAUGAACUUGCCUUCAUCCGGGAGCAACUGGGAGAGGGCUCACCUCAUCACCGUCGCUAA